UUAUAGCAACUACUUGAGAUCCUAAGUAUAAAAGACACUUUUGCCUUUAAGCAACUGAUUGUCACUUGAUUUGCCCAGGUGAUACUGACAGUACGACACCAUGAGGGUAGUUCUAGUGCUGGCUCUGGUAGCAGCAGCUACAGCCUCACACCUAAGAGUCCAGGUUGACCAUAACAGUCCAUUGGAGAGUGAUGAGAUAAUUCAGGCAGUAAACAACGCUCAAACCACAUGGAAGGCGGGUAGGAACUUUGAGAACACCUUCACCAAGAGACACAUCAAGCACCUGCUGGGUCUGAAGACUCGCCCCGGUGGCAGCAAACUGCCUCCUCUAGAGGAUGAUGAGGACGAGGACCUGGAGUUGCCAAAGACGUUUGAUGCCAGGACCAAGUGGAACAGCUGUGUGUCCUUGCAGGAGAUCAGAGACCAGGGUCCCUGCGGCUCUUGCUGGGCUGUAGCGGCUGCUGCAGCACUCACUGACCGUUUCUGCAUCGCCAGCAAGCAACAGUUCAACGGCCACCUGUCUGCUGAAGAUCUGCUGUCUUGUUGCUGCCCGUGUGCUGUCAGUUGCGGGAAGGGUUGUGAAGGAGGUUACGAUGAUGAGGCUUGGCUCUACUUCUACCACACUGGCAUCUGCACUGGAGGAGACUACAAAUCCAAGGAGGGUUGCCAGCCGUACACCUUGCCAACAUGUGAACACCACGUUUCCGGGCCUCGUAAAAACUGCAGCUCCUACGGUGACGUACCAACUCCCAAGUGUCAGAAAACUUGCUACAACAAGAAGUACAAGGACCACACCAAGGACCAGGACCUACAUUUGGUGAAGUCUGUUUUUUCAAUCGGUGGAGACGUCAAGAAAAUUCAGAAGGAAAUCUUCAAGAAUGGUCCACUUGAAGCUGGAUUUGAUGUUUACGAAGACUUUUUGAGCUACAAGUCCGGUGUGUACCAACACACUACUGGCAGUUAUGUGGGAGGCCACGCAGUCAAGGUGAUCGGCUGGGGUUCUGAAAAUGGAACUGACUACUGGCUGGUGGCCAACUCAUGGAACACUGACUGGGGUGACAAUGGCUUCUUCAAGAUCAAGAAGGGAACAGAUGAAUGCAGCUUUGAAAGCGCCCUCAAUGGUGGUUACCCUGUUGUUUACGACACCAUGAGGGUAGUUCUAGUGCUGGCUCUGGUAGCAGCAGCUACAGCCUCACACCUAAGAGUCCAGGUUGACCAUAACAGUCCAUUGGAGAGUGAUGAGAUCAUUCAGGCAGUAAACAACGCUCAAACCACAUGGAAGGCGGGUAGGAACUUUGAGAACACCUUCACCAAGAGACACAUCAAGCACCUGCUGGGUUUGAAGACUCGCCCCGGUGGCAGCAAACUGCCUCCUCUAGAGGAUGAUGAGGACGAGGACCUGGAGUUGCCAAAGACGUUUGAUGCCAGGACCAAGUGGAACAGCUGUGUGUCCUUGCAGGAGAUCAGAGACCAGGGUCCCUGCGGCUCUUGCUGGGCUGUAGCGGCUGCUGCAGCACUCACUGACCGUUUCUGCAUCGCCAGCAAGCAACAGUUCAACGGCCACCUGUCUGCUGAAGAUCUGCUGUCUUGUUGCUGUCCGUGUGCUGCCAGCUGUGGCAACGGUUGUGAGGGAGGUUAUGAUGAUGAAGCUUGGCUCUACUUCUCCCACACUGGCAUCUGCACUGGAGGAGACUACAAAUCUAAGGAGGGUUGCCAGCCUUACCUUUUGCCAACAUGUGAACACCACGUCUCCGGGCCUCGUAAGAACUGCAGCUCCUACGGUGACGUGCCGACUCCCAAAUGUCAGAAAUCUUGCUACAACAAGAAGUACAAGGACCAUACCAAGGACCAGGACCUACAUUUGGUGAAGUCUGUCUUUUCAAUUAAUGGAAACAUCAAGAAAAUUCAGAAGGAAAUCUUCAAGAAUGGUCCGCUUGAAGCUGGAUUUGAUGUUUAUGAAGACUUUUUGAGCUACAAGUCAGGUGUGUACCAACACACUACUGGCACACUACUGGGAGGCCAUGCAGUCAAGGUGAUCGGCUGGGGUUCUGAGAGUGGAACUGACUACUGGCUGGUGGCCAACUCAUGGAACACUGACUGGGGUGACAAUGGCUUCUUCAAGAUCAAGAAGGGAACAGACGAAUGUGGCUUUGAAAGCGCCCUCAAUGGUGGUUACCCGGCCGUUUAGAAUAGAUAUUUUGAACAAAUGACCUUACUUGUUUUGUAUCUUUACACUAAUUCAGUCAAUUAGUGCAAAUAAAUAUUUUAUUGUUGAAAUCAUA